UGAAACAGACGAUUCUCAUCGCGUCGAAGUUCACAUCAUCAGCAAUAUAAACUUCGUCGAAAUCAAAAUGACUUCUGGUUGUGCUAAAAGACUAGUGGUGUCCUUUGCCGAUCUAUUCAUGGAGCUGCUGGGGAAAAGACUUUGUUUCUUGUCCGCCGAAGGAGCAAUAUAUGAAGGACUCUUGGUGGAUGUCAAUGCUCAACUAUGCGUCAUCACUUUGAAUUCAGUGACGCAGUCUGUCCUCAAACCCGGGUACGAGUACGAGAAGCAAAUCCGAGGGCUUUUCGAAGGAACAAGUUCUCCUGAAUCGGACAUCGAAGAUUCCUGCUUCGUCGGAAGCAUCGAUGAGGCGUGCUUCGUUGAAAACGUGUUCAAACUCAGAGCCAUGUUCGAUGUUGAACAAAUAGCUUUCAUCUUGGACAAAGAGUCCGACUCUCUGCCUCCUGAAAUGCUGCCCAGGCUUUGGCACAGAUUGCGCAAGAAAAAUACGAAUCCUGCUCACUGGAAGGAAAUACUAUUCGAGUCGGUUUCCAUUACUCAGUCGCCAUCAUCAGCUGAUGAAAAUAAUAACACAGCCUGGAGAGUGAGAUUCAGACACGUAUCUAUUGACGUCAGCAUCCUACAAAGGAAAAGUGUCCGAGUGACCUUCCUUUAUGAUAAGCUCAGCCAAAGUUGGGGUCAAAGCGAAAGUUUUGGAAGAUCUGUUGUUAUUAGUGGCCAUCAUGGAAAUAAGCGAGCAUCAUCAGAUGCUGAUGAUGACGGGGCUCUGCUGGGAUGCACUCCUCUGCACAAGGCUCUGGCAGGUGCACCUUCUUUGGCCACCUACAACCGGUCCGCAAUGCCUCAUGGUUGGCUUCGGCUUGUGGCACCAGUUUCAGUCAUUGAGGCCAUCAACAUCGGUGCUGCGCAGUUUGACAAGACGUUUGCUUUCAUGGACUCUGGGCUGUUUUCUUUGGAGUUCCCGGACAGCGAGAGAAAUAGUUCAUGCGUGAUGGGAUUGCGGUUCCAGGUGCACCGUGGAAGCACUAGUGCAAUUAUUAAUAGUGCUGGAACCCAGCAGCAGCAGCAAAUGCUGCCUGUGAAUACCCCUUACGAGAAUAAUAGAUCGGAUUUGACCUCGAACGAUGGCUUCCGUGACUACGGCCAACUACCAAUUGCUGCUGCUGAAGAACCAUCAGUCCCUGUUGUUAUUGGAAGAGGAAUGGUUUCCGAUAAUAACGAUGAGAAAAUCAAAUCCGACGACAGGAAUAUCGAACUGAAGUUGGCGGAAGUUCAAUGGGUCCUGCAAGCCCGUAACAAGCAAGGCGAUCCCGUGGCAUCUGUCACUAUGAGUCUCGAGCCACCGCCGGCGGCUGCGAACCAAAUAUCGAUUCAAAUGUCAAGGUCGACUUUGGACACUGCUGCUGUAAUGGAUGGGAUUUUCGUAGAUGGGUUUGCAGCGAACAGCGUCCCAAUCGGCUACAUCAGCAACUGCGACAGGUUCGAAAACAGCACCAUGACGUUUCAAGAAUUGGAAGCAGUGACGAGUUGCAGCAGUCUUUUUGAAGCAAUGAGAAACUACCCCAGAUGUCAGCAGUGUGACUCGUCGUGCUGUCACCCAAGUGCUGAAGACACAGCAAUCAUUCGAAGAAGAUCGUCCGCGAUGGACAUGAAUGCUGCUGGUGCUGUUCAUCAUCAUCAGAUGGUUUCUGGAAUGCGAAGAACGGCUGCUGUUGUGCAAAAAGGACAGUGGGUGCUGACCCAGGAUAGACUUUACAGGAGCCAGAGAAAUGUUACGGGGGCUGAGUUGCCUGAUCUGAUCGCUUCUUGGACCCUCGAUGAUAUGAUUGGAGAGCCGAAUCGAAGUAACUCGAAGGAACUCAGUGUCAUUUCUGAUGCUUUGCAAACUCCCAACAUUCCGGCAGAAUCAUCAUCGUCAUCGCUUGCUGCGUUGCAGAACGAUCAAAAAUUUGGCAGCAGAUUAUUUUCUGCGGUUGUUGGGCCAGCAGAUCUCAGCAGCAGUAGAGGGCGCUAGUAGUUUGUGGAAAUUCUGGAAAUGGUUCCUGUGUUGCUGAGUUUUGCUUGAAAUUGAAGCAAGAUGAGCUGCAGCCGUGAUCAAGUUCGCCUAUAAUCAAAUAUAUAUGCCGGAAGAAAGGGAAUGUGGCUGGGAUGAGAAACGCAGGAAUAAUGGCAAAUCGAAUCGAAGAGCACCUGCUGUGUGCGUGUGUAACAAACGAUGAGAACCUCGCUGCGGAUGUAUUGAAAAUUAUAUUAAAACAAACAUAUUCGCGUCAAAGAA